AUGUCUUGGAUAUUUGGUUAUAACAAACCAUCGCCUGUUUCUACGCCUUCUGUUGGUGGAGUUGGAGGUGCGGGCGAUGUUCCGCCACCAAAUGACAAUAAACCAACAGAUGCCAGUUCAUUUGCAGGACGUGAAUCUGUUUAUAAAUUUGAUUCGACAGCACUAGAAAGAGCUGCGGCAGCUGCUAAAGAUUUAGAGCGUUCACAGUAUGCCACUCAGGCAUUUGAUGUUGUCAAAUUACAAGAACAAACAAAACAAUUAGAACUUCAGAAACAAAUGAAAGAAUAUUCACAACAUGAAGAGGAAAUUCGUUUUCAACAUCAACGUCAAUUAAAUGAAGAAAAGCGUCGUAUGAUGGAAUCGGAAACCCAGCAAGCAAACGAACGCGCACGAUUUCAAGAUCAAUUAGCUCGAAAACGAAUGCAAGAUCAGCAGAGUGAACAGGCACGUGUACAAGAAGAAGAAAGACGACGGCAAGAAGAAUCUGUUGAAAAACAAGAAAAAAUCCGGCAACGUUCAAUCGAGUAUGCUGAACAAGUGCGACAUCAAUAUGAAAUGAAACGUUUAGAAGCUGAGUUGAAAGGAAAAGCCCAAAUUGAACGCGAAAAUCGUGAACUUUAUCUUGAGCAAAUUAAGUUAAAAGCAGAAGAAAGACGUAAAACUGUGUUAGAAGGUAUAAAGACAGCUGGUUCUGUGGUAGGACAAGGAAUAACAACGAUUCUGGAAAAUCCUGCAAAAAUUUUACUAGCAACGGGUGGUAUUACUUUAUUGGCAUUGGGUGUUUAUACGGCGAGAGGUGCCACACAAACAGCUGUAAAAUAUAUCGAUUCCCGAUUAGGCAAACCACCGUUGAUACGUGAAACAUCGCGAACAACAUUUUUAACGCCAUUUCGUGCUCCAAUCAAAACGAUAAAACGUUAUUUUACAAAAGCAGAAGAUUCGUUGAAAGGCGUCGUGUUAGACCCAACGCUAGAGUCACGUUUGAGAGAAAUAGCUAUAGCAACACGUUUCACAAAAAAGAAUCACGGUCUAUUUCGUAAUUUAUUAAUGCAUGGACCACCAGGAACGGGGAAAACCUUGUUUGCUAAAAAAUUAGCUGCACAUUCUGGACUUGAUUAUGCAAUAAUGACGGGUGGUGAUGUGGCACCAUUGGGUCGAGAUGCCGUUACAGCUAUUCAUAAAGUAUUUGAUUGGUCACAAACAAGUAGACGAGGACUCUUAUUAUUCAUCGAUGAAGCCGAUGCAUUUCUGAAAAAGCGUGCCACGGAGAAAAUUAGUGAAGAUAUGCGCGCCGCAUUGAAUGCAUUCCUCUAUAGAACUGGUGAACAGUCAACACGUUUUAUGAUGGUAUUAGCCAGCAACGAACCCGAACAGUUUGAUUGGGCUGUGAAUGAUCGACUUGAUGAAAUGGUACAGUUUAAUUUACCUGGUUUAGAUGAACGUCGACGUAUGACAUACUUAUACUUUGAUAGUUACAUAUUACAGUCAGCUGAACGAAAACGACAAAUCAAAAUCGGUACAUUUGACUUCGAGAAAAAAUGUGAGGAACUAGCACAGAAAACAGAGGGAUUCUCUGGACGUGAAAUAGCAAAAUUGCUGGCUGCAUGUCAGGCGACAGCAUAUGCAUCUGAGGAUGGUACAUUAACAGAAGAAAUGAUUGACAAAAAACUACGCUAUGCAUUAGACAGUCAUCUAAAAAAGGUUGCCUGGAGAGCAGAAGAAGAACGAUGA